AUGGAGAAAGAACAGGAGAUCGCGAAGCACCCUUCGCCCGAGGAUCGCGCCUUGGGCUAUCUGACCAUGGAAGACAAGCAGCUCGUCCGCAAGAUUGACUGGCAGCUGCUACCCAUCAUGUUCCUCACGUAUUUCUUGCAGAUGAUUGACAAGAUCUCCAUCAAUUACGCGAACGUGAUGGGUAUCCAAGAUGACCUGGGGAUGAGCGGCAAUGAUUUCUCCUGGCUUGCAACGGCAUUCUUCAUUGCCUAUGCGGUCGCCGAACUUCCUCAGGGGGUGCUUUUGCAGCGGUUCCCGAUCACCAAAGUGCUCGGUGCCAAUGUCUUCUGCUGGGGCAUUAUUCUCUGUUGUUCUUCCGCUGCCAGCAAGUUUCGAGGAAUGCUGGCCCUGCGGAUCUUGCUGGGGCUGAUGGAAUCCGUGAUAGGUGAGACGACAACCCCAUGUUUCAAGCGUGUGCUAAUGGGGUACCUUGUUGUAGCCCCCUCGUUGACAAUAUACACAAGCAUGUGGUAUACCCGCGCCGAGUCAACCCCUCGGUAUGGCUUUUGGUACUGCGGACUGGGAGUCGGCCAGAUAGUCGGCGGGCUCAUCUCUUUUGCCGCGCAACAUGCUCCUCCCAAUCAGUAUUUCGGGGGCUGGCGGAUCAUGUUUGUGGUCAUUGGUGCCGUCAAUGUGCUGGUUGCGCUUCUGGUCCUGUUCCUCCUCCCCGAGAGUCCAGCCAAGGCCAAGUUUCUUACCGUGGCCGAAAAGGAACGCUUAGCCGAGCGAUUGCGUCAGGACCAAGCUGGAGUCGGACUCAAAGUCUUUCGCUGGCGAUCUGUGCUGGAGGCAUUUGGAGAUCUUCAGACCUGGUUGUUGGUGCUGCUCACCAUCCUAAUCACCAUCCCCAGUGGUGUGAUCACCACCUUUUCCGCCAUCCUCAUUCUGGGAUUUGGAUAUGACUCAAAGGAGAGUGCCCUGCUCAACAUGCCGUCGGGAGUGGUGAGCAUUGCGUCCACGAUGAUCUCUACCAUCGCGAUCGCCAAAGGUUUUUCGCGAUGGCUGGCGAUCGACUUGCUCUUGCUUCCAACGCUGCUGGGAUCAUGCCUGAUGUCAUUUCUUCCCACCUCCAACAAGGGAGGCUGCCUGGCAGGUAUCUACCUGGUGAAUACGACCGUCGCCCCGCUAGCGUUAAUCUACGCUUGGACUGGCGCGAAUUUCAAGGGAUAUACCAUGAAGGUUUCUGGCGCUGCAAUUAUAUCUACUGCCUUUAGCGUUGCCAACAUCAUCGGCCCACAAACCUUCCAGGCCCGGGACGCGCCUCAGUAUAUUCCUGCCAAAAUAACGCUGGUUGCAGUCAAUGCCGCGGCCAUCGUCGUGUCCACCAUUCUACGAAUCAUGUAUGGUCGGCGUAACUCCGUCGCCGACCGUCUGGGGGCACCAGCACGGAGCAGAUUGGAGGCACGGAUGGCUGGGAAGCAGACCGUGCAAGACGUGCAUGACGAUGAAAGCUUCCGCUAUGUCUAUUGA